UCUUGUGUUUUCAGCCUCCCAGUGGGAACACCUCCCGCAUCCUGGCGUCGAAAACCGCGCGAAAAAUCUUCUCUGACGCUGCGCCCAAAGUCUUGAAGAAGAGCAGCAGCGAGGGGGAGGAGCCGCUGCUGAAAGAAAACCCGCAGCGCUUCGUCAUCUUCCCCAUCCAGUACCAUGACAUCUGGCAGAUGUACAAGAAGGCCGAGGCAUCUUUCUGGACCGCAGAGGAGGUCGACCUGUCAAAGGAUCUGCAGCACUGGGAGUCUCUGAAGGAGGAGGAGAGGUACUUCAUCUCUCACGUGUUGGCGUUCUUCGCCGCCAGCGACGGCAUCGUCAACGAGAACCUGGUGGAGCGCUUUACGCAGGAAGUGCAGGUGACCGAGGCCCGGUGUUUCUAUGGUUUCCAGAUCGCCAUGGAGAACAUCCACUCGGAGAUGUAUAGCCUUCUCAUCGACACGUACAUCAAGGAGCCCAAAGAGAGAGAAUACCUGUUCAACGCCAUCGAGACUCUGCCGUGUGUGAAGAAGAAGGCCGACUGGGCGAUCAACUGGAUCGGCAACAACAAAGCCGCCUUUGGAGAGCGGGUGGUGGCCUUCGCGGCAGUGGAGGGAAUCUUCUUCUCUGGUUCGUUCGCUUCCAUCUUCUGGCUGAAGAAGAGAGGUCUCAUGCCCGGCCUGACCUUCUCCAACGAGCUCAUCAGCAGAGAUGAGGUGAGCGCCUCGCACUAACGCCACGCCCCCCAU